GUCCUGUCUCGUGUUGAGCUCCGUAUCUCUUUUCUUUAAACCUCCCAUCAGCCUCUCCCUCUUUCAAACAUCAACCAUCUCCCCUCACACAUCAAUCACAAUGGCCUCUUCUCGUGUCUUCGCCUCUCGCCUGGCCUCCCAGAUGGCCGUCAAGGCCGCUCGCCCUGCUGUCCGAGCCCCCGUCGCUGCUGCCAGCAAGCGAACCAUCUCUGGCGCCAGCCCCCUCCAGGCCAUGAAGCGUCAGACUCUUCUCCAGGCUACCAGCCGCAACGCCUUCCAGGUCCAGCGCCGUGCCUACUCCUCCGAGAUCGCCCAGGCCAUGGUUGAGGUCUCCAAGAACUUGGGUAUGGGUGCCGCCGCCAUUGGUCUGACUGGUGCCGGUAUUGGUAUCGGUCUCGUCUUCGCCGCCCUCCUUAACGGUGUUGCCCGCAACCCUGCCCUCCGUGGCCAGCUCUUCUCUUAUGCCAUUCUGGGUUUCGCUUUCGUCGAGGCCAUCGGUCUUUUCGAUCUGAUGGUUGCCCUCAUGGCCAAGUUCACCUAAGUUAUUUCCCGGCCAAUUGGGUAGGCUCGUGCCGAAUGAUCGAGUCAACGAGACAGAGGAGGCUGCUGAGCGCAGUGCAUUGUGCCAUGUCUUGAAAAAUUUGACAUGGGUGCGCUUGAUGCCAGCUUGCACGAUAGAGGGGAGGUUGUCUUGUAAUAGACGGGAUAGAGAUCUGGGAGUGACAUUGGUCAUAGGCACUUUCCUAUGAUUAGAAUUGGGGAAAUUCUGCAUAAUUCCUCCCAGGGAUCAAUUUGUAAAAUAAAAAGCCUCAUUCAUCCCG